CAUUCAAUUUUGUUUACCAAAUACCUUGAAAACAAUAAAUACCACUCCAACAGUCAAUAGUCAACAACUACCACAACCACAACCAAAUUCAAAACCAAAAUCUUUCCUCUCUAUAUGAUUAUACAUGAUUUGUAGAUUUUAGAUUCGUAAUCUCAAGAUUCACUUGUAUUCCAUAAAAGUCACCAUUUCCGAUGAAAAAGCAAGCAUUAUUUAUGGUUUUCUUUUUCCUCUUGAGCUCCAUUUCGGAUGCAAGAUUUGUAGUUAGCAAAUCGACGAAAGUGAGGAAUCACAAGCGCCAGAAAUUAAAGCUGUUUGUGUUCGGAGACUCAUACGCAGACACUGGAAACUGGCCAAAAUCAUACGGCGGUGCAUGGGGGAAACCGUAUGGUAUCACUUUUCCGGGUACUCCCUCCGGCAGGUUUUCCGAUGGCCGUGUACUCACUGAUUACAUUGCUGCAAUUUUGGGUACGAAGUCUCCAAUAACAUAUAGAGGGUGGAAAUCUGGUGAGAAAAAAUCAAUGAAAUAUGGGAUGAAUUUUGCAUAUGGAGGGACAGGUAUCUUCAAUACAUUCGUGAAUCAACCAAACAUGACCACCCAAAUCGAUUACUUUCAACACCUUGUUCAACAAACACAUCAAGAUUUGCAUAUAAAUUCAUCAACCAUUGCACUACUUUCUGUAGCAGGCAAUGACUAUGCUACCUACUUCACAUCAAAUCACACCCUCAAGGAGUUGCCAGGGUUAACGAAAUCAAUAAUCAACCAACUAGUUUUGAAUGCGAAACGCAUUCAUGAGUUGGGAGUUGAAAAGGUAGUAAUCACUACACUGCAACCACUCGGAUGCUUGCCUCAGUUCACAUCGUCUGAAUCGUAUCAGAACUGUAGCAACAAUGCGAAUUCUAUAGCUAAGUUCCAUAAUCAACUGCUUAUGGAAAGCGUGAAGAAGUUGAACAAUGAGAGUGAUAAUCACAAUACAUCACCAUUUGUGAUCCUAGAUGUCUACCAAGCUUUCUUGUCUGCUCUAAAUUUAUCCGCUGGGGGUUCAAAGUUACUAAGACCGUGUUGCCAAGGUGUCACUAAAGAAUACUUAUGUGGAAAUGUCGAAAAGGAUACGGGGAUAAUGAAAUAUAAUGUUUGUGGAAACGUUAGCGACUCGUUUUUCUGGGAUAUGAUACACCCUUCGCAGCAAGGGUGGCAUACAGUUUCUUCAAAUUUACGCUCUUCUCUUCUCCAACUUCUUUAAGUUUGGAUUUCAUAUAUAAUGUUAUAGAUUUUGUAGCAUGUAAUCGUUGAUUGUGAAGACUUGAUAUGGGUGUUUGUUGCGUAUUCUAGAGAUUCUAUAUCCCAUUUAGAGGUGGUAAUCUUGAGGAUAUAUGUAAAGGAAUCCAUGCAUUGAAUUCUAUAGAGUUUAAUGGAUUGAUACACGAUGUGAUCAUACUUAUUAUUA